GGUGAUGGAUGGCCGAGGGGAAAUGGAGGUCCUGAGAAGCACCCAGGGGAAUGCCGCUGGGGAGGUCAGCGUCCAUCUGGUCACCAAUGAGAACACAGUGCAGAACGCUCACCUGCCCGCGACUGCCUUCAUCAUCCCAGCAAAUGCAACCACCAUCAGCCUCCCUGCCAGCACCUUAGAGAUCCAGCGAUUUCCCCGGGAGCCGCAGAGAAAUGCAGGGGCCGAGAGACUGGAGAGGGGUCCAGGGAAUGAGCCAAUCACAGCAACCGUCAUCCCUCAGAUCAGCGGGGUACCGACCUGCAACACCGUCCGGGUGCUGGAGUGGAAAGAUGGGGUGGCCACUCUGCCUGGCAGCAACCUAAGGUUUCGGAUAAAUGAAUACGGGGCGCUGAAAGUGGUGACUGCGGAUAAGAUCCCCCCCGUGGAGUCCCUAAAGGAGGGCCAUGCAGAGAGAGAUGGGGAGUCGGAGGUGAUGCCUGCCAGCAGGGACAACACGGCUGCUGCUCAGGAUGUGCCCGAGCAGCCCCUGCUGCCAACAGCAGAGAGCACGUGCCAUUGCGGUACCUGCGGCCGGAGACAUGUGUCGGAGGGGGCCCGGGAGGGCGGGGGAUUCUGCAGUGAACACUGCCACCGGCAGUUCAAGGAAAGGUCUGUCAUAGUGGAGAACUCUGCUGGCAGCACGAAUGCCACCGAAAUCCUCAAGCCGGUGAAAAAACGGAAAAGAAAGGAUUACCAGAGCCCUUCAGAGGAGGAGGAAUAUGAAUCGGAGCAAAUGGAGGAGAAGCCGGAAGAGAGAAAGAGCUUGGGGGGAGACUCCAUCAUCAUCAACACGGAGACUGAGGAGUGGAGCACGAACCAGCACGGUUCCAGCGAGGAGAAGAAAGAAGGUUGGUCCUGGGCAUCGUACCUGGAGGAGCAGAAAGCCGUCGCUGCCCCUUUAAAUCUGUUCCAGGAAUACCAAGCAGUCUCCCAGCACAGGAACGGCUUCAAGGUGGGGAUGAAACUGGAGGGGAUUGACCCCCAGCACCCUUCAAUGUACUUCAUCCUGACUGUAGCUGAGGUGUGUGGCUACCGGAUGCGCCUGCACUUUGACGGCUACUCUGAAUGCCAUGAUUUCUGGCUGAAUGCUGACUCCCCCAACAUUCACCCUGCCGGCUGGGCUGAGGAGACGGGGCACACACUGCAGCCCCCCAAAGGGUGUGUAGGUUACAAGGAGGAGGAAUUCAGCUGGACCAACUAUCUGAGGAUAACGAAGGCUCAGGCAGCUCCCCAGCACCUCUUUGUAACCCCAAACAAUAAUGCUGUCCCCACGGGAUUCCAGGUGGGCACUAAACUAGAAGCUGUAGACCGCAUGAACCCUUCCUUGAUAUGCGUUGCUACGGUGACGGACGUGGUGGACAAUCGUUUUCUGGUGCACUUUGACAACUGGGAUGAUACCUAUGACUACUGGUGUGACCCCAGCAGUCCGUACAUCCACCCUGUCGGCUGGUGUCAGGAGCAUGGGAAACCCCUCACCCCUCCUCAAGACUAUCCUGACCCUGACAGCUUCAGCUGGGAGAAAUACCUGAUGGAAACCAGAGCAUCUGCAGUGCCAGCUUGGGCCUUUAAAGUGCGGCCACCCCACAGCUUUCUGGUCAACAUGAAGCUGGAGGCAGUGGACAGGCGGACGCCCUCCCUCAUCCGCGUGGCCAGCGUGGAAGACGCGGAGGAUUACCGGAUAAAGGUCCAUUUUGAUGGCUGGAGUCAUGUCUAUGAUUUCUGGAUCGAUGCGGAUCAUCCAGAUAUCCACCCCGUGGGAUGGUGCUCAAAAACCGGGCACCCGCUGCAGCCUCCUUUCAGGCCAAAGGAGCCAGCUGCUUCUGCCCACAAGAGCAUCCCCCAUACCAAAGGCUCCAAGUACAGCUUUCACCACAGGAAGUGCCCAACACCAGGCUGUGACGGUUCCGGACACGUGACGGGGAGAUUCACGGCCCACUACUGCCUCUCAGGGUGCCCCUUGGCAGAGAAGAACCAGGGGAGGCUGAAGGCCGAUCUCUCCGACACUGAGGCCUCGGCUCGCAAGAGGAACCUGAUCGGCUUCUCUCAGCGAAAGAAAUCCCGACACCACGGGAGGGGGCGGCCUCCAAAGUAUCGGAAGAUCCAGCAGGAAGACUUCCAAACUAUUUCCUCGGACAACAUGCACCAGUCCCUCUUCAUGUCGGCCUUAUCUGCUCACCCUGACCGCUCCCUGUCCCUCUGCUGGGAGCAACACUGCAAACUCCUGCCAGGGGUGGCUGGCAUCACAGCUGCUACUGUGGCCAAGUGGACCAUUGAUGAGGUCUUUAGCUUUGUUCAGACGCUGACGGGUUGUGAGGACCAAGCCAAACUCUUCAAGGAUGAGAUGAUUGAUGGGGAGGCAUUCCUUCUGCUGACGCAAGCCGACAUUGUCAAGAUCAUGAGUGUCAAACUGGGCCCGGCGCUCAAGAUCUACAACGCCAUCCUCAUGUUCAAAAACGCCGAUGACACCUUAAAGUGACCGUGCCCCUCAGCCUGGGAAUGCCCUCGGCUCGGCAGCUGCCAAAGCUGUCUGUCUGACUCACGGGAGCAGAGACCGUCCUACUGCAGCAGCUGGAAAAUCCUGCUCGCACCUUCUCUGAGUCGCCUUCUCUGUCCUUGAACCAAAUUCGUCUCUCGUCUUUCUCUCUCCCUGUCCUGUUAUACUUCUCUCCCGGCCUGGUGGGCGAGCUGCAGUUGGGGUACCACAGACCUGCACUCUGCCUCUGAUGCGUUUAAAGUAUUGUGGAUGUGAGACAGGAUAGCCCCCUGCCCUUCAUAUGCUUCUGACUGACCAUGUUCCAUAGGAGGGUGUGUGUGUGUGUCUGAGUGUGUGAGAGAGAGAUUCUGAAUGAAGGAGGUACUAGGGUGUGGAGGGCUGAGGGACGGUGCUACUCAAGAAACCAAGAUUGAAUUUUUGGUGUUCUCAUAAGAUUUAAACUGCCUCCAUGCACCCCUUCUCUCUCAUGCACCUGACCCCCACCCACUUCUAUUUUCCUUUUCUUGGUGGUUGAAAAGGGUUUUCCCAGCAUGUUUGCUGCGCUGGGGUUGGUGUUUAAAGGGACAUUCUCAAGUAGCUUUUGAUAACAUUCCACUUGGUUUCUCUCCAGUUUUUGUAACGUUCCCUUUGAAGCUAGGCAGUAACUUGGCUUUGCCCCAGCCUUGUGUCACCUUCACCAUGAGGCAACCUGAAUUUUCUUCUAUUUCCUUUUGUUUCUCAUGGGGAACAAGCCCAUCAUGCUCUUUAUGCUGCAGAUCUCUUUGCUGCUGUGGGUCAGUGUUUUAUUACUGUUUAUUAUUUGUGUUGCAGUAGCAGCCAGGAGCACAAGUCAUAGACCAAGUCCCCACUGUACUAGGUGCAGUACAAACACAGAACACACCAGUCCCUGCCCCAAAGAGCUUACAGUCUAAGUAUAAAUGUACCAGCCGUGUCAGCACUUCUCUGGGAAUAAGGAUAGUCAGGUCAGUUGUGCUCCCUCGGCUGGGUGGGUGGUUGCUCUGCUGCACAGAUAUUCUUUGCAGAGUCGGAAGGACUCUCUUCCUUUUUGACUCUGGUGAGGUUUUAUCUUCAGAUCUCAGCAGCCCUUCCGCAUCAAACUAAGCAAUUCAAGGAAGGCCACGCUGUUGUCCGUAGUUACUUGACACCCGUUCCCCUGGGACAAGACAUGCAAACUGCUUUUCCAAAAGACAAUCACUUGCCAGUUAUUAACAAAACAGCCUCUUGGGAUUGGCUGAGAAAAGGGUAGUGCAGGGUUUGUACUGGCAUGCAGCUAACUGCCAACCAUGUAAAAGCUUCCAGAAGGGCCAGUCAGAAGAGGUGUAGUCUGGGUAGAGGAACCACAGUCCCCAGUCCACGCUCUGUCAGGUUAGAAACAUGAAUCAACCGUUUCCUUUGUCCCCAUCCCCACCCCCGGUCAACUGAUGACCGCUCCUACCAUAUGCACCAGCAACAUGUCUCAUAGCAACAUGGCAUAUGAUGUCCACUUUCAUGUACAUAUGGGUCAAAUUCAUGCUAGGCUUCCCAUGGAAAUGCAGCAUUUUGACUCUUUUUAUUAUUGACUCUUUGGGGUCACAUUUGAUCUGCCAUUCCAAUGAUUGCUGCUUGCUAUUCAUAAAAGAUGUUACGCAAUGUAUGGGGGUUUUGUACACGUUUGGGCUUGUUUUGCAAGCUCUCUUUCUUUCCCUUUCAUUGUCUUCUCUCCGUUCAAAUCCUGACCUGUGUUCGUCUGCGGGGAGAAGCAAACUGGGGGGUGAGGAGUUGUGGGCUCUGGAACCAAUCCUUCCAUAGAUGCAUUCUGAUCCUCAGCAAGUGGUGCCAGAUUGGCCUCUGUGUCCAAAGAGGAGCUCUUCUCCUGGGCCGCUGUUGAUUUGGAUGGGAGGAAGAAGAAAAGCGGUCUUGGGAUAUAAAUGUGGUUUCAGCUUUGGGACGCUCCAUGUCAACAUCCCUUGAAAUAUCUCCAAACUGAUCCAAAACGAAAGUCAGUCUCCUGGUCAGCUCUUGAUAUCCCCACAAGAGGCUCAGUCCAUGUAUUUACAGGAACUAUCCACAACAGAGGAAGAAAGGAAGAAAUAUUCUGUUCUUAUCAGCUCCGUCUCCACCUACUAAGUGACUAUGUUCCUCUUUCACUUACGGGCAGGCAAAGCAGCCGUGAUAGCUGGAUGCCACAGGCACACUGUGGGCUCCGCACUGGAGUGGAGAGUCGGACACCUGAGUCGUACUCUGCAUUUGAAGUUAUGACGACAGAUCGAGUAACUGGUUCUUGGGGAGGCUGUUCCAAUAAGUGGGCCUAUUUUGAAAGGAACAGGGGCUGUAGCAGCCAGCCUAGGAUUGUCUCCCUGGAAUCUCAAUGGCCAAUGGGACACUGGAUGAGCUGUUUUAUGGCUACUUGACACCUUCCAACUUUCAGCUGGAUUUCUGGCCUCCUGUGAAACUAACGUUUUGAUUAGCCAUCUGGGGGCUCCCCAUCGGUGCCCAUCCAACUGAGCCCACCCAGCCCUUACAGACAGCAUCUAGAACCGUGGUGUCCAGCACGCUAGCUGCUAGCCACAUGUGGCUAUUUGGCUGAUUGAAUGUGGCUAGUUGGCUUGAACAAUGUGGCUAUGUGACCGGUUGAAUGUGGCUAUAGUGGCUACUGCUUCAGAACUGGUUGGACACCACAGGUCUAGGAGAUUUUACCUGAACUGCAUUCUCACGUCCCUGCAGUGUAACCUUGGACACAGACCAGACCGGACUGAAAUGCCCACCUCUAGGGGAGUCUAGGUACAGCCCCGUCAAGGUCUUUCAGGGGAUUAUCUCAGGUUGGCGCUCCCCAGGAAGAUGAUCCUCACUGUAAAUGUGAAGUGAGACAGAGUGUUGGUGUCUGUGUGCGUGUGUUUGUGGUAAUGAGCCUUCUCGUCACACUCGCUUAGCUACUGCCCCAGCCCGGAGUCCAUUCCCCUCUUGCGUGGACUGUUUCCUGACCUUUGAAGUAUGAAGCUUCUGAAUUGGUCUGGGUGAGAGAAAUGCAGAUUUUGUAGAUGGCCAAGGGCUAUGUACUGUUACAGCUUGUAAUGUUCUUUUUUCUUUUUAAAAAACCCAAAGCUGUGUGAGAGUGUGAGUAUGUGUGUGUGUAUAAGUAGAGGGAGAGAGAGAAAAUCAAUGGAUGCUACUUCCUCCACUUCUCAACUGUUUUUGUGACAUGUUCUUUUCAUUGAAGGGACAUGACUCUUGUGAUAUUAGCAGCUGGCCAUAUGGCAGCAUUUGGGCGGAGGAGUAGAACAGUCUUUCCCUGACUGGAAUUGGUUGACAAUUAUCUGCCUAAUGAUAGCUGGGCUGGGUUGUUUUGGUCAAAAAUCAUUGAUUCAUCGAAAUUGAAACUUUUACUUCGAAUGUAUCAAUUCUGGUUACAGCUUUGGUGGGAAGGUUCCUCAGAUUCAGGAUGGAAUUUCUGGUCAAAAUCAGAGACAAGUCCCAGUAUCCCCAGAGCCCUCAUAGCUAUGAUACAGAGAGCUGAGCCUGGGUCUCCCAAAGCCCACCUGUAUUCUCACCAUGCGACUAUGGUGUAGUGGGGGUGGGGCUCUCUUUUUAAAAAGAAGUGUCUGAUGGCUCUCGAGCUUGUCCUAGUGCAGAAUGGGAAAUUUUUCUGGAAAUCUUUUAAAACGGGAUGAGAAAAGCAUUGCCUGCCCAGCUCUCUCCGUGACCUGCUGUUCUCCCUGACCCUCAGGGAAAGUCUAAGAAAGAGAAGCUUUUCCUCUGUUCUGACCUCAGAAUUAACAAAAUAGUCUCUGCAAUUCAUAAAUGCCAAGAUCUGCUCCCUGUUUUUUACUAGUUAGACGUCCCACCAGCUCAGGGAGCACUGAGAUCCAUGCACAGGAAAAGCUAACGCCCCUGGUGAGGGUUUUAAUCCUUAACCUCCUAGCAGGCCGGAUUUCUCACUAGUGGCACGCUCUGCAGUGUUUCAUCUGGUUGAGCUUGGCCCAGGAGUCUUCUCGGCACUCGUUUUGGGGGAAGCCAGAGCAAUGUCUCAAACAGACGACUUAGUUUCAAACCUUGCCCCUGGCUAUGCCUGCCCUUUGGGGGGGCAGUAGAGGGACUGGGAGCUGGUGGUGCAGCACAGAAUUAUCAGUGGGGCCAGGCAGGACAAUCAGCCAGUCCUUUGCCCCUAUGAUGGCAGCAAAUUCCUGUCUCACAGUCCACCCCCUCCCGCCCCGUGAUGGUUGCCAUUGGGUGCUGACGAUGGCGAGGCUGACUGUGAUUGUGACAUCCUGCUGCUGUGGGAAGACAGCACAAUGUGAGCUCAGCCAGGCAAUGGGGCUGCCCUCCAUGUUCGUUCUCAUUCCAGCAGCCAGGCCCAUGGAGAGGGAGAAGAGGCAGGCCCCCG